GCGGAGGAAGAAGAAGAAGAAGAAGAAGAAGAAGAAGAAGAAGAAGAAGAAGAAGAGGAGAGCGAACAUCUGGAUCUAAAAGGGAGGAAUAAUGCGGGAUUACGCGGGACUCCUGAGGCUUUCACGCGUCAGUGUGAACUGAAGCUCCUGCGGGUGUUUUCGUGAGGGGAAGAAGAAGUUGGCACACAAAUCUUCGGCAUGGAUCAGUCCGUCGCGAUUCAGGAAACAUUGGAAAGGGAAGAAAACUGCAUCAUAGCUGUCCAGUGUGACGUCCUCUUUGACGACAUCACAGAGAGCAGACUGCUGGGACUGGUGGAGUCCGCAGAGGAACAUGCAAUCUUUAUUUACACCCAUCGAAGGAUGGCCAUUACUGCCGACGACGUGUCACUGGAGGACGUCAUACCCAUCUGCCUCGACUUUGCUGUUGUGGAGGUUUCCUCACCAGAGGAACUUGCGGUAGUGGGUGGUGAUACCAGAGUGAGGGUAAGCUACCAGGAAGAGGAGUUGGAGCUCAGACUUCCUUUCGGGUCUCACUCGCGGCUCUUCCUCGGCGAGGUCAACAGGGCGUGGAGCGAUGUUUGCAAGUCUCCCACACAGGUACCGAAGUUCGAAUGGAUCAACAAGUACCACAAAGGACCCAGAGGCCAGGGAGUUGUCAAACAGGCACUCACACCCCUGAGCACAACGCUCAAUAAACUCAGCCAGCACCGGAAAACAGAGAAAUCCUCGGACAAAAAGGGAACUUCAGAAAAGGAGAAAGGUUCUAACAGUGGCAUACAGAAGUCCAGAGCACCUUUAAGCCAAGAGAGUCAGGGCAUUUCCAGUCGAGAGGACCGGGAUGACCUGGUGCGCUCCUCUAGCCACACCCCAUCUAACAAAGCUCAGAUACUGGCCAUGCCACAGUUCGGCCUGCGCGACAACCUUAUCAGGUGUGAGCUGCUGAAGAAUGAGGACCUUUACACUUACCUGGAGGACUUCAGCUUUUUCCUCGGCACAUACAAUGUCAAUGGACAGCCGCCGAAGGAAAGCCUCAGUCCUUGGCUGAGCCACACUCCCAACCCUCCUGACAUAUACUGCGUGGGUUUUCAGGAGCUUGACCUCAGCAAAGAGGCUUUCUUCUUCAAUGACACCCCUAAAGAGAUGGAGUGGACAAAGGCUGUGUCUGAGGCCUUGCAUCCAGAUGCCAAGUAUGCCUUAGUGAAGCUGGUGCGUCUGGUGGGCAUCAUGCUCAUCUUCUAUGUGAAGAAGGAACACGCAGAGUUCAUCUCCGAUGUGGAGGCUGAGACUGUGGGCACUGGCAUCAUGGGAAGGAUGGGAAACAAGGGUGCUGUGGCAAUCCGUUUUCGCUUCCACAACUCUGAUAUCUGCGUGGUCAACUCUCACCUGGCUGCCCACAUUGAAGAAUACGAGAGACGUAAUCAAGACUAUAAGGACAUUUGCAGUCGCCUCCAGUUUCGGCCACUUGACUUUACCCAGCCUCCACUUACGAUCAUGAAGCACGAUGUGAUUCUAUGGAUUGGGGACCUCAACUACAGGAUAAGUGAUCUUGAUGUCGACAAUGUGAAGGAGCUAAUCAGCAAGAAGGAAUUUGAAACGCUGCACAGUUAUGAUCAGCUCAAGCGGCAGAUCGAUGAGGAGGCUGUCUUUGUCGGCUUUGUAGAAGGAGAAAUUGAUUUCCAGCCCACCUACAAAUAUGACACCGGCUCCGACAUGUGGGAUACAAGUGAAAAAUGUCGCGUGCCUGCAUGGUGUGACCGUAUCCUGUGGAGAGGGAAGAACAUCAAGCAACAGCAUUAUCAGAGUCACAUGGCUCUGAAGACCAGUGACCACAAACCAGUCAGUUCCCUGCUCAUCGCUGGGAUCAAGAGGAUAAACACUGAAGCCUAUAAGAAGACAUUUGAAGAGAUUGUACGCAAUAUAGACAAAAUGGAGAAUGAGUGUAUUCCAUCGGUAACCUUGGCCAAGCAAGAGUUCCACUUUAAAGAUGUGAAAUACAUGCAGCACCAGGCAGAGACAUUGAGCCUCUUCAAUGACGGGCAGGUCCCGUGUCAGUUUGAGUUUAUCCAGAAGCCGAAUGAGUCCACGUACUGCAAGCCCUGGCUCACAGCCAACCCCCCCAAAGGCUUUAUCGCUCAGGGUGGUUCUGUGGACAUUGAGCUUGAGGUUUUUGUGAACCGCUCAACGGCACCUGAUCUCAACUCUGGCAAGGAGCAGAUCGAAGAUAUCCUUGUGCUGCACCUGGAGCGUGGCAAGGACUACUUCAUCCCUGUGACAGGGAACUACCUGCCCAGCUGCUAUGGCACCUCAAUCCAUUCAUUGUGUCACAUGAGGGAACCCAUCCAGGACAUGCCACAAGAGACCCUCCACAAACUGGCGGAGAUGUCAGUAAAGGAGAAUGUAGCAAACGCUGAAAAGCCUCUAGACAUUCCUAAAGAACUCUGGAUGAUGGUGGAUCACUUGUUUCGCAAUGCAAUCCAACAGGAAGACAUAUUUCAGCAACCUGGGCUUCGGAGUGAAUUUGCUGACAUAAGAGAUUGCCUUGACACUGGCAUGCCAGAUUCCCUCCCGGGUAGUAACCACUCAGUGGCAGAAGCCUUGCUUCUAUUCCUAGAUGCCCUCCCAGAGCCUGUGGUUCCCUUCUCCUUUUACCAACAGUGCCUCGAAAGCUGCUCCAAUGCCAGUCAGUGUGAGAAAACAAUAUCCAUGCUACCUCAGUGCCAUCAAAAUGUGUUCAACUAUUUAGCUGCCUUUCUCCGUGAGCUAUUGAAGAAUUCUGCUGUCAACCGGUUAGAUGUCAACAUCUUAGCCACCAUUUUUGCCUCCUUGCUCCUGAGGUCACCAACAAAGCAGGAUCUUGCAGAAAAGCGGAAGACUCAGGAGUUCUUUCAGCACUUCCUGACACAAGGGUCCACUUAGAUGGAGGACUGAAGCUGAACACUAAAAACUGUACAGUCCAGUAUUUGAAAUAAAUUGUAAUGAUUUGUUAUAUUUUUUAGAUGGCUCUUUGUAUAGAUGCAGAGUAUAAUUACUGUAAGUGACAGUUCUUAAUCUGAUAUUAGGUUGUUUCAGAGCAAUGUUUGUCAGCUGUUGAUGCACAAAGUUUAUUGUAUAUCAUUGAGCAUCUGUAGAGAUAACAAUUUUUAAUGUAUAUUUUAUUUAAAAAAAUGUAUUUUAAUGUUUCUGAUCUCAACAUCAUGUUGUUUUUCUAUAUAAAACUAUUAGAAACAAGAUGUGUGUCACUGUU